AUGGGCCGCAAAUUCUUCGUCGGAGGCAACUUCAAGAUGAACGGAACUAUCAAUUCCAUCAAGGAAAUCGUUCAUAAUCUAUCCUCGGCCAAACUGGACUCCAAUACUGAAGUUGUGAUUGCUCCACCAGCUCUCUACCUCCUCCUUACCCGCGAACAUCUCGCUGCCGGUAUCGAAGUUGCUGCUCAAAAUGUUUUCGACAAGCCCAACGGAGCAUUCACCGGAGAAAUCUCCGUUUCUCAGCUGAAAGAUAGCAAUAUUACUUGGACAAUCCUUGGGCACAGCGAGCGCCGCACGAUUCUGCAAGAAUCAGACGACUUCGUCGCAACGAAAACCAAGUCCGCCCUCGAUGGUGGCAUUGGUGUAAUCCUCUGCUGCGGUGAAAGCCUUGAGCAACGCGAAGCAAACGACACAAUCAAUGUGGUCACAAAGCAGCUAGAAGCUGUGAACAAGGUCAUCGGAAAGGAUGGCUGGAAGAACGUGGUGAUUGCAUACGAGCCUAUCUGGGCCAUUGGAACGGGCAAGGUAGCGACGACAGAACAGGCGCAGGAAGUUCACGCUGCCCUUCGAAAGUGGCUGAAAGAUGGAGUUGGUGAAGAGGCAGCCGAAAAUACACGAAUUAUCUAUGGUGGCAGCGUGAGUGAGAAGAAUUGCAAAGAACUGAGCAAGCAGUCCGAUAUUGAUGGUUUCCUGGUUGGAGGAGCCAGCUUGAAGCCUGCUUUCGUGGAUAUCAUCAAUUGCCAAGCAUAG